AUGGCGGAGCUUGAAUUCCUCUGCGGCGCUCAAGCGGAGAAGGAAGAAGAAGAAGAGCUAGAGGAAGAGGAAUUAAAACAAUUGAGCUACGACAUUAAUGAUCACCAGCAACAGCAGCGACCCUUUCAUCCCAGAGCAUGGUUCGACAUUCUCAAGCACCGCCUCUCCUCCAAAACUGCCAAGAGAAAUCGCGAUUCGGCGGCGGCGGAAGACGGCAGCAGGCAGUUGUGGACCAACGAAAUCAUAAAGCUGGCAGGGGCGAGAAUCAUACAAUCGAGAUCGUCAAUGCAGGGGAUUGAUGUCCCUUACGACGGCGGCGGCGCCGCCCUUACUCCGGAAGAAGCCAAGAACGUGGAGCUCAUGGAGUGCCUCCUGGCCUGCGCCGAGAAAGUCGGGAAAGGAAGCUUCGACCGCGCAAUCGGCCUUCUCAGCAUCUGCGACCGUCUCGCUUCCCAAACCGGCAACCCGGUUCAACGGGUCGGGUACUACUUCUGCAACGCCCUUCGCCAGAGGAUCGAAAUCGAACAGACCGGUGGUGGGGGUUAUAAGAAGCCGUUCGAUUCCGACACCGCGGUGACGCUGCCGGACAAGAACGCGACGGAGUUCCGAAACAGGGUGCCCUUCUACAACGCGUCCCAGCUCGCCGCCGUCCAGAUCAUGGUGGAGAACGUCGCCGUGGAGAAGCGGAUCCACUUGAUCGAGCUCCGGACGGGAUGCGGCCUGCCGGCGAUCGCCCUCAUGCAGGCCCUGUCGGUCCGACCCGACCCGAUCGAGCUGCUCCGGAUCACCGCCCUGGCCCACGACGCGGCGGAGGAGCAGUUCAUGGAAGGGUCGGGCCGUCGGCUGGCGGAUUUCGCCCGCGGGAUGGGCCUGCCUUUUUCCUUCAACGUGGUCCGGUUCUGCACGUUCCCCUCGGGGGCCCACAAGGACCAGCUGGACCUCGAGCCCAACGAGGCCGCGGUGGUGCUCUCCGAGUUCGCGCUCGGCCCAAUGAUCGGAAGGCCCAUGCUGCUGGAGGCGAUGAUGAAGCUGAUCCGGGCCGUACGCCCGCGCGUGAUGGUGGUGAUCGAGACGGAGGCGAACCACAACGCUCCCGAUUUCGGCCACCGGUUCGUGGAGGCGCUGUUCACCGUCGGCGGGUACUUCGACAGCCUGGCGACGUGUAUGGAAGGGAACGAGGAGGCGAGAGCGGCGGUGGAGUCGUGGUAUUUGAACGACCGGAUUCGAAACGUUUUGGUGGCGGAAGGGGAGGAGAGGGUCAUUCGGGAUGUGAAGAUUAGGGUUUGGAGGAAGUACUUUGCCCGGUUCGGGAUGCUGGAGAUUCCGGUGAGAGGAUUAGCUUUGCAGCAUGCGAAUUUGGUGAUUCGCCGGUCGCCGUACGCGGCUUCGUGCUUGAUGGCGUUGGAUUACAAGAGCUUGAUGAUUGGGUGGAAGGAUGUGCCGUUGCUGUUUGUUUCUGCCUGGAAGUUCAUGAAGGCAAUACCACACUAA